UAAGCAAAUGAUUAUCUUCAGAGCAAUAUACAUGUCAGAGAAAAUUACAAAGAGUGCGUUACAUCAACAGGAGGAGAGAUCGCAGAUACGUGAUUCUAAAGUACAGUUAAUUUCUCACAUUUCACCAUAGGAACCAGUUCCUUUUUCUUCGGUCUUGGUUUGUACUUGCUACCAAUCAGUUUCUAAACAUUUUCAUUCUUUCAGACAUUUUCUUGUGUUUGUGACUUUAGUCAUACUAUGAUCAUGACUGGAAAGAGGCACACAGAUGCUAAGAUUACACAACCCAAGCGGAAGCGUACAAAAAUUGAUUUAGAGAUGAAAAUGAAAAUGAUAAAGAAAUAUGAAGGUGGACAGAACUUAUCGGCAAUAGCGCGUGAACUUGGUCUGUCGGUGUCAACAGUGAAUACAAUUGUAAAAAAUGCUGACUGUAUCAAAGAGCGUGUGAAAGGAUGUGCCCCUUUAAAGUCAACAAUAAUAACGAAACGGCAUUCCGGGGCUAUUUAUGAAAUGGAAAAGUUAUUGAUGAUGUGGAUGGAAGACCAAAUCCGAAAAUGUGUCCCAUUAAGCCUAAUGAAUAUUCAAGCAAAGGCUAGAAGUCUUUAUGAAGAUAUAAAGGGAAAGUAUCCAACUGCUUGUCAGUCAUUUGUGGCAAGUAAUGGAUGGUUUUACCGUUUCAAGAAUCGUGUUGGUCUUCAUAACAAAGUUAGUGGUGAUGCUGCUAGUGGUGAUGUAGCAGCAACUGAAAGCUUUUCUGCCAUGUUGAAGGAAAUAAUCAAAGAAGGGGGUUAUUUGCAGCAACAGAUUUUUAAUGUAGAUGAAACUGGACUGUUCUGGAAGAAAAUGCCGUCUCAGACAUGUAUUUCUGAAGAAGAAAAAGAAAUGUCAGGAUUCAAAGCUGGAAAAGAUAGACUGACUCUGUUGCUUGGGUGCAAUGCUUCUGGUUGCUGUAAGGUUAAACCACUGCUUGUCUAUCAUUCAGAAAAUCCACGUGCAUUGAAGGGCAUCAGUAAGGCAACUCUCCCUGUUUAUUAUCGGUCAAAUCCAAAAGCAUCUGUUACUGUUGCAAUUUUUGAGGACUGGUUUUUUAACUGUUUCAUCCCUGAAGUUGAGAAAUAUUGCAGGGAGAAAGGCAUUCCCUUCAAGAUUUUGCUUAUUCUCGACAAUGCUCCCGGUCAUCCUGCUCAUUUGGACGAUUUUCAUCCGAAUGUUAAAGUCGUGUUCCUUCCAUCCAACAACAACACUUUGCUCAUCCAGCCGAUGGAACAGGGUGUGAUGGCAAACUUCAAAGCGUAUUAUUUGCGCGCGACUUUUGCGCAGGCAGCAGCUGCUCUGGACAGAGAUCCUAAUCAAAUGGUCAGAGACUUUUGGAAGUCGUACAGUCUUUACCACGGUAUUCUAAACAUUGCAAAGGCAUGGCAAGCGCUUUCACAGAAUUGUUGUAUUUCUGCUUGGAAAAGCUUGUGCCCGCAGUUUGCGUGUUGCUUCAAUGGUUUUGAAAAGGAUGAGACUUGUGAGGAAGUCGCUGAAAAAAUUCUGAAGCUUGCUGAGCAGUUGGAAUUAGACGUUGAUGGAAAUGAUCUUGAAGAAUGGAUUGAAUCGCAUGGACAGGAAUUAACCAGUGAAGAUCUGCUUGAAUUAGAAGCAACAAAAGUUGCAGAAAUUCAAGCUGAGGCAUCGGAAGAGCCGGAAGAGGAACCAAAACGUUUCAUUACCAAAGAAAUGUCGACAGCGUUCCUUGAGAUUGCGUCAGGAAUGGCACGAUUAGAGAAAAUGGAUCCCAAUGCCUCACGGUUCUUCAAAGCCCAAAGAGGCGUGGAUGAGUCCUUAGCCUGUUAUCGAGAGAUUUACGAGAACAAAAGAAAAACAGCUGAUCGGUCAUCUAACUUCAUAAGGAAGACUGAAUGCACAAGUCAGCCAGCCAUUUCGCAGCCUUCCACAUCGCACAAGACGUGCACAGCCUCAGCUAUUCAAGUUGAAGUCUAUCCUGAGGAUGAUCAUAAAGGAGGAGACAUUGCAAGAAGUAACAUAUCAUCAUCAUCCAGCACCUAUGUUCUUUUUCCACCACAACUAAAAUUUUGAAAAUAGUGAGCAACAAAGAUACAUAAAUUUUGUUUAUAUUCCAUUACAUCAUUAUAAGGCUCACAUUUGUCAGUGCAUCAUGUGAAACACCAAUAAAAAUAUCUUCUUAAAUAUGUACUGUACUGUAGAUUUGUAAUUUUUAUAUUUAUACUAAUUGAACUUAAGUUUAUGCGUGUUUCUGUGAAAGAAAUUGAGAGCAAUAACAGCUUCCACAUGUUUGUUGACAUUAAUACAUUGUACACAUGCAUGCCUAGCCUGUGGGGUACAGUUAAUGGAUGGGUGGUGGGAUCAGUUUCAGCGUACGUAAAUUUCUAGUUGCGUAACGUUUUCCAGAACAGAUAUGUUGCGCAACUCAAAGUGUAUCUGUGCUUACGAGAUGUAAGCUUUGUUCAGCAGGCUGUCACUAAUGGAAUCGGUAGAAUCCUUGGGUGGAGAGAUGUUCACAAAAUAUCUGAUUAGGGCUGCAGAUAGUGUACUGAUUAGAACUGCUGCCUUGCAAUCAAAGGGUCAAGGCUUGAAGCCCUUGAACAAGGUACUUAAUGUAAGUAAAAACAAUGACACUGUAUCAAUGGUCAAUUAUUAUAAUCACACACACAUUUUCCAAACCGCUUGUCCCAUACGGGGUCGCGGGGAACCGGAGCCUA